AGUGCGCGGGCGGUCUCGGGCGCGCGGACACAGGUGCGGGCGGGCGGUCUCGGGCGCGCGGACACGGCCGCGGGCGGGCGGUCUCGGGCGCGCGGACACAGGUGCGGGCGGGCGGUCUCGGGCGCGCGGACACGGCCGCGGAGGUCGGUCUCGGGCGCGCGGACACAGGCGCGGGCGGGCGGUCUCGGGCGCGCGGACACAGGCGCGGGCGCGCGCACGGCUGCGUCACGCGGCGGCAGCGAUGGUGUUUGAGGCGUUGGUGGCCGACUUGCUGAAUCGCUUCCUGGGCGAUUAUGUGGAGAAUCUGGACAAGUCGCAGCUGAAGCUCGGCAUCUGGGGAGGAAAUGUGGUACUUGAUAAUCUGCAAAUCAAAGAAAAUGCUCUGAAUGAUUUUGAUGUACCUUUCAAAAUCAAGGCUGGACAAAUAGACAAACUUACUUUGAAGAUCCCAUGGAAGAAUCUGUACAGUGAGGCAGUGGUAGCCACAUUGGAUGGUUUACACCUUCUGGUUGUUCCAGAGGGAAGUAUUCAAUAUGAUGCAGAAAAGGAAGAGAAACAAUUGCAGGAAAAUAAGCAGAAAGAACUAUUGCGAAUUGAAGAAGCCUUGGAAAAAGCAGCAAGAAAAGGUGCUUCUUCAGGAGAAUUCUUGUUUUCCUUGGAAAGCUACGUUUAUAAGGAUAUCAAACCUGGACGCAAACAUAAAAAAUCCAAAAAGUAUUUUAAGAAAUCAGCAAAAGGACGUUCCAAAGGUAAACCAAAAGAAGAGAAAAAAGAUAGUUUUGGGGAAAAACUGGCAACACAGAUUAUUAAAAAUCUGCAAAUCAAAAUAACAAGCAUUCAUAUGAGAUAUGAAGAUGCUAUUACAGAUGCCUCAAGACCCAUGUCUGUUGGUAUUACAUUGGGGGAACUAAGUUUACAGACAGCAGAUGAAAAUUGGACACCAUGUAUACUGAGUGACACUGCAAAAAUCAUCUACAAGCUCGUCCGCUUAGAUUGCCUUUGUGCUUACUGGAAUGUGAACAGUAGGUUAUUUUACCAAGAAGCAAGAGAACAAAUCUUGGUGCAUCUGAAAGGGGGAAUAGCUUCAAGUUCCCAUGAACCCAAAAACUAUCACUAUAUUUUUAGACCAAUAUCGGCAUCUGCCAAACUUUGCAUCAAUCCUUCUGCUGAAGCUGAAUUGAAUUCACCCAAAAUAAAUCUGGACAUGGAAGUGCAGAGCAUUGACAUAGAGAUGACUAAGCCUCAGUAUCUAAGCAUUAUUGAUCUGUUGGAAUCUGUGAACUAUAUGGUCAGAAAUGUCCCUUAUAGAAAAUACAAGCCAAAUGUACCUCUUCAUACAAAUGCCAGUAAAUGGUGGAAGUAUGCGGUCACAGGAAUCUUGGAAGUUCAUCUCCGGAGAAAGUAUCGUAUGUGGUCCUGGGACCACAUCAAACGCCACAGGCAAAAUUUGAAGUCUUACAAAAUGGCUUAUAAGAACAAGCUGACACAGACUAAACCUUCUGAAGAAUUAUUGAAACAACUUCAGGACCUGGAGAAGUCUCUGGAUAUUUUCAACAUAACUUUAGCAAGACAACAGGCACAUGUUGAGGUGAUCAGAUCAGGCCACAAAAUGCUGGGCAAGAAGGGGAAAGAGAAGCAGAGCGGAGGCUGGUUCAGUGGUCUAUGGGGAAGAAAAGAACCCAAGAAGGGUGAAGAUGAAGAUAAGUCUGUACCAGAAAGUAUUAAUGAUCUGUUGACGACUGAAGAAAAGACUAAGCUGUACACUGCCAUCGGAUACAGUGAGAGUUCCCACAACCUGAUCUUGCCCAAAGAGUACGUUGCACAUGUAAUAAGCUUCAAGUUGGUCACUACCUCCAUCACCAUCCGAGAGGAACCAAAUGUACCAGAAAUAGUUAACGUGCAAAUUAUUGAUCUGAGUGCGAGUGUAUUCCAACGUCCUGGAGCCAAAGGUCUCAAAGUGGAGGCCAGACUGCAGCACUGGUAUGUUACAGGUUUGAAACAACAGGAUACAGUUCCAUCUCUCUUGGCUUCUCUUGGAGGUACAGACUCCUCUUUGCUCAAUGUCUGUUUUGAGAUUAAUCCAGAAGGAAGCAAUGCAGAUCAGCUAUUAAGUGUCCAGUCUCAACCUGUGGAGCUUAUUUAUGAUGCCCAAACAAUAAACAGUUUGGUUGAGUUUUUUCAGACCAACAGAGGGCUUGAUCUUGAACAGCUAACUUCAGCUACUUUGCUGAAGUUGGAAAAAUUCAAAGAAAAGACUGCAACAGGCCUGUCAUACAUUAUUGAAACUCGCAAAACCUUUGAUAUCCAAAUCAAUUUGAAGCCGUCCUAUCUUGUGGUUCCCCAAACGGGUUUCUACAAUCCAAGUUCAAGCCUGUUGAUUGUGGACUUUGGAAGUUUACAGUUAAACAGCAUUGACCACGCUGAUCAGAAAGCAGAGCCUUCACCUUUAUCCUUGGAGGAAAUCCUGAAACGCGCCUACGAAAAGUUUGAUGUGGAGCUCAGAAGUGUUCAACUUUUGUUCAGUAAACCAGGUCAAGAUUGGAAGUCUGCUCGCAAACAAAACUCUUCCUCUCAGCAUAUACUGCAACCUUUGGAUGUCAAGGUGCAGCUUUCUAGAGCCAUUGUGGAGAAAGAUAGUAGGAUACCCAAGUUUAAAGUCUCAGGUGAACUCCCUUUGCUCCAUGUCAAAAUAACUGAUGAAAAAUUGAGAAGUGUUUGUCAACUCGCUGACAGUAUUCCCCUUCCUCCGAGUUUGUCAUCGUCCAGCUCACCUGUCAGGUCAAAGAUGUUACGUGUGAAACCAGAAGGAAUGUUUGACCCUGGUCUGGUAGCUAUUGGUUCAUCGGCGUCAUUGGAAGAUUCAAGUUCACUCGAAUCUGAAGAAGAGUUCUGUGAUGCAAAGGAAGACGCUGACCUGCCAGGUAAAGCUGCAGUGGCGGCUGGUGACGCAGUGCCUUCUGAAGUUCAGAAAGAAGAUAACGAAACUCCAAGUGAGGAGCUCACAGACCUCCAGCUGAAGUUUGAAGUUAGGGAGGUUGUUGUUGAACUUGCAAGGCAAGACAGCCAGGAGAACCCCUUGCUUGUUUUCAGUGUGUCUCAGUUGGGUACUGAAGUGAACAUCAGAACAUUUGACUUAACAUCUACAUCAUAUCUGAAAAAAAUCAAUUUUGAUUAUUGUGAAGUUCCUGGUGACCGAAAUCAGAAGCUUCAUUUGAUCAGUUGUGCAGAUACAGCAGGUUCUGAUCUCCUGAAGGUGGAAUACAUUAAGGUUGAUAAACAUAGUCCAUAUUUUAAGAUGAAUCACGACGCCACGGAACAGGUGCUUAAGGUCACAGUUUCUUCACUUAAUUUUCUGUUGCAUGCAAAAGCCUUGCUUUCAACCAUCAAUUUCCUGACAACAGUUAUCCCAUCAGGGGACAUGGCAUCUACUGAUAAGGACCAUGAAACAAAGAUACAGAAUCAGGGGCAGGAUAAAGGAGGUGCUGCCAAAACAGUUUUGAAAAGCUCAAAGGAACUGGAUUUCAAGAUGUUUGCCAUGAUGGAUGCAUUUAAUGUAGCUUUGUGUGAUGAGAAGCACAAUAUUGCUGACAUUAGCGUACAAGGUUUGGAUGCAUCCAUUUUAGUGCAGUCAAAGCAGACACAAUUCUUUGCCAGACUUCGAGAUAUUGUUGUUACAGAUGUUGAUUCAAAGACACUACAUAAAAAGGCUGUUUCCAUUGUUGGAAAUGAAGUGUUCAGCUUCAAUGUAACGCUGUAUCCAAAUGCUAUUGAUGAUGAGAACUAUGCUGAUAUGUCGAAAGUGGAUGGAAAAAUCACUUUAAGAGUUGGCUGUAUUCAGAUUAUAUAUCUGCAAAAGUUCCUCAUGUCACUGCUGAACUUCUUUGACAACUUCCAAGCAGCAAAGGAAGCAUUAAGUGCAGCCACAGCACAAGCAGCAGAAAAAGCAGCCUCCAGUGUGAAGGAUUUUGCCCAGAAGAGUUUUCGACUGGCAAUGGACAUUAAUUUGAAAGCCCCAGUUAUCAUAAUUCCUGAAUCCUCCAUCUCUAUGAAUGCCUUGGUGGCAGAUUUGGGAUUGAUUACUGUUCAGAAUAGAUUCACUCUGAUCCCGGGCAAAGAGUUCUCUGUACCACCCGUCUUGGAUGUCAUGGAUGUAAACCUAACACAGCUGAAACUUUCAAGGACCAUGUUGCAGACCAGUCCGUCCCAGGUUGACAUUGAAAUAUUGCAGCCCAUCAACUUGCAGCUUAUAGUGCAAAGGAAUUUGGCAGCAGACUGGUAUCAUGACAUCCCGAGCAUGGAAAUCAAAGGAGACUUGAAAACUGUUAAUGUUGUCCUCAGUGAGGAAGACCUGACUGUUCUGAUGAAGGUCAUUGAGCAGAACCUCGGUGAAGGCAGCAAAACAAGUUCAACAAAAGCACUGAAGGAUGAAGGAAAAAGAAAAAGUAAAGAUCCCAUUGAAGCAGCUAAAUUGGGGAAAGUCGUGGCAAGUGGCAGCUCAGCAGCAGAUCAGCUUAUGGAAAUAAUGAAAGGAGGUGUGCCAAAUGAUGUUAUCAAUGUUCAGCUGAACUUCGAAAUCAAAGAGGUGACAGUAGAAUUAACAAAAAAAAUUAACGCGCAACAAAAUCCAUUUCUCGUGUUUCAUGUGGUUCAAUUGGGAACUGAAACAAAAAUGAGAAACUAUGAUUUGAGUGCCACAGCGUACUUGAAGAAAAUUGGUUUGAACUGCUGUGAAUUUCCAGAUUCAAAUAACAAACCACUUAAGUUGAUCAGUUCUUCAGACAAACCUGGAGCAGAUCUUCUCAAAGUGCAGUAUAUCAAGGCAGAUAGAAAUGGGCCACACUUCAAAAGUACUUUUGACAGUACUGAGCAAAAGAUGACAAUUGCUUUCUCUUCUCUUGACCUGAUCCUACAUUCACAAGCCUUGCUUUCAACUGUGAACUUCAUGGCAGCUGUGUUCCCAUCAAAAAAUGUUGAAAAAGAUCAUGAAGCAAAGAUAAGCACAGAAGGUCAUGUGAAGGAGACUUUGACAAAAGCAGUGCCAACAGAUGCAACAUUUGAUAUAUUUGACUUGAAAUUUUCUGCUGAGCUGGGGGCAUUGAACAUAAUUGUCUGUGAUGACAAGUCCAACAUUGCUGAUGUCAAAAUACAAGGUAUGGAUGCAUCUGUAACCAUGCAGUCAAAACGGACAGAAGUUUUUGCCCGACUGAAAGAUGUUAUUUUAACAGAUGUUGGCCCAAGGACCCUUCAUAAAAAGGUUAUAUCUAUCAUUGGAGAUGAAGUUUUCAGCUUCAAGAUGGUUUUGUGGAGGAAUGCCACAGAAGGAGAGGCCUAUCUCGAUAUGUCGAAUGUAGAUGGGGAAGUCGCUUUGCAACUGGGCUGCAUCCAGUUGGUGUACCUGCACAAAUUCUUUAAAUCACUGAUGAACUUCUUUGACACCUUCCAAGCAGCGGAGGUUGCAUUAAGUGCAGCUACAGUGCAAGCUGCAGAAAAAGCAGCCUCCAGUGUGAAGGAUUUUGCUCAGAAGAGUUUCCGACUGGCAAUGGAUAUCAAUUUGAAAGCCCCAGUUAUCAUCAUUCCCGAGUCCUCCGUUUCUGUCAACGCUGUGGUGGCAGAUUUGGGUUUGAUAACAGUACGGAAUAAAUUCACCAUGAUUUCUGCAGAAGAGUGCACACUGCCUCCUGUGGUGGACAUCAUGGAGAUUCAGCUAACUCAGCUGAAGCUCUCAAGAACUAUUCUCCAGAAAGAUUCGAUACAGCCUGAUUUUCAGAUCUUGCAGCCAGUGAACUUGCUCCUGACAAUAAAACGAAACUUAGCUGUAGCAUGGUAUCACCAAAUCCCUGGCAUAGAAAUUAAUGGAGACCUAAAAACUCUGAGCGUUACAGUUAGCCAGGAUGAUUUGAGACUCCUCCUGAAGAUCCUGCUAGAAAACCUCGGUGAGGUCGCAGAUGACCAGAGUGCUGCAAGAGAAAACUUGAACAAAAUACCAGAAAAAAAAAUUGUCUCUCCAACCAAUCUGUGUGAAGCCAGCCCACAAGGGAAUGUAGAUGAUAUGCACUGUGUGGAAUCAAAGGAUAAACCUGAGCCAUUUGAGACAUUGAAGUUUGACUUCAAAUUUGAAGCCCUAUCGAUUGUGUUGUACACCAAAGAUCUCAAACAGGCAACUGGAUUGGUGGAACGCCUGGAAAGUUCACGACUGGGCGAGUUCAGGCUGCAUCUCACCACUGCCUCAGGAAGGAUGAUCUCAGAUGGGUCCUUGAUGUUUGAUAUGAAGCUCACAACAUGUACACUGGAUGAUCUGAGACAGGGGAUUGAGAAGGUUACACAGAGAAUGAUUGAAAAAAAGCAAGGUUCUGAGGAAAAUGUUAUGAUCGAGUUGCAAUACAGUCAGCUGGAGAAUGAGACCUCGAUUGUCACUGUACUGGAACAUUUGUAUAUCUGUGCCAGUGUGGAGUUCCUGCUGGAUGUAGCAGAUUUCUUCAUCAAAGCUAUUCCUGAAAAAACAGCAGAUAAAUCUAUCCAGUUAUAUCCAAAGCAGAGUGGAAAGGUUUCUUCCAGCAGUGCUGUGGAUGCUCCAAAACAAAGGAUCAACAUGAAAGCAAUGGUGAUGAAUCCUGAAGUUGUGUUUGUGGCGAAUCUAUCAAAGGCUGAUGCCCCUGCACUUGUUGCUUCUUUCCUGUGUGACUUCUCGCUAAUCCGUGAAAAACAGUCUCAAAGAAUGAUUGCAUUGGUCAGUGACCUUAAGGUUCUGGCAUGUCCGUUCCUUCAGGAGAAGAGAGGGACAAACAUAACUACGGUGUUGCAGCCUUGUGCCUUGGCCUUGCAGUUCUGUGAGCCCACUGCUGGGCCACAAAACAUCAGUCUUAAAAUAGGAGAGAUAAACUUGAAGGUAUCGCCAAUCAUUCUGAACACUGUUAUGACAAUCAUGUCUGUGAUAGCACCUAAAGUGAACGAGGUAGAAAUGCUUCAACCAGUGGACACAGUAACUGACCUCUGGGCCGUGAAGGAUGUGCUCAAUUGCAAUUAUUGGUUCUUGGGGGUUGACAAUGCCCAUGAAGCCACAGAGACUUAUUCAGAAGAAAAUUACCAAAGGACUGGGGAGUCCUUCAAGAUAGAUGUUUCAUUAAUAACAGUAACGCUUGAAUGUGGGCUGGGCCAUUGCACCAUUCCCUUACUUCUGACCGAGUCAACGUUUUCUGGAAGGAUUGAAAACUGGACAUCACUCAUCAGUGUUGAUUCAAACAUGACUCUUGAGAUCCUUUAUUAUAAUGAACUGAAUGCGGUGUGGGAGCCCCUCCUGGAGCAUGUAGUUCCAGGAGAGAAAAGGUGGAGUCUGACACUUCAGAUGAAAACCAACAUGAGAUCGGACAAAGCUCUCGUUCCGGGCGAUGAUUUCCUUCUAAUUCCUGAUCCACAGACUGCCAUUACUAUUUCUUCCAAGGACAUAAUGAAUAUCACAGUAUCCAAGUGCAGCCUGAAUGUCAUGAAUAUCUUAGCCAAGGCAUUUUCAGCAGGAACAGCUUCAACGUUUGAUUACUUACUGAAGGACCAAGUUCCAUACACCUUAAAGAACGCCCUUGGAAUUGCUUUGGAUGUGCAUCACUCCACAAACCUACGUGUUGUUGGUUCCUCCACGGAUCAGAGGCUUCAUCGGCUGGGUGUAGGUCAGAUACUGGAACUUGAUUAUUCCUCUGUGCGUCACAAAGAUAAAGGAAAGCUUUCUGUGUUGCAAAGGCAAGAAAGUAACCUCUUUACUUUAACAGUAGUGCCCUGUAAUUAUACAGAAGUAGCAAAUAUCCCAAUUGCAAAGCCCGGACGACGUUUGUACAAUGUGCUUUGCCCUGACAGUGAACAUUCAGUAUCGCUUGUAGUCCAGAUAGAUGUCGUGGAAGGUGAUAAAAGAAUUAUCAUCCGAUCCCCUCUCCAGAUCAAGAACCACUUCUCCAUUUCCUUUGUGGUCUACAAAUUUGACCCAGAUGGGCAGUUACUGGAGCCUAUUGGUGUGGCCAAUCCUGAAGAGGAGUUCCACGUGCCUUUAGAUUCUUACAGAGACCACUUAUUUUUAAAACCAUCUGGAGAGCUGGAGAAUAAAUUCAAAGCAUCGACAACAUAUAUUACAUGGAAGGAAGAACUUCACAGGAGCACAGAAAUCCAAUGCAGACUGCAAUGUCCUGCAACCGACAUGGGCUACUUACCACUCAUAAUAAACACCAUUGCUAUUCCAGAUGAGCUGAACUUCAUCGGUAACCAUGGUGAAGAUGAGUGGGAUCCAGCCUAUAUCAUCCAUCUCCACCCCACAGUUACCAUUAGGAAUCUUCUGCCAUACCGUCUCAGUUACAUGUUAGAGGCGACUGAAGGAGCUUAUGAACUAGCGGAAGGAUGCUCAGCAGAUAUACUGCGCUGCAGAAUCAGAGGGGAAAUCAUGGAACUGGGUCUCAUUAAAUAUCAAGGCAGGAACUGGAAUGGCCGUAUGAAAAUUGAAGAAUGUCUGCCUGAAUUUUUCCCAGUGUGCUUCACUGAUGAAACUGGCAUGAGCAUUGAUUUGCUGAUCCAUGUUGGGAAAGUUAGUGGCCUUCUGGUUUUGUCAGUUUACAGCCCAUACUGGAUCAUUAAUAAAACCUCAAGAGUCCUGCAGUAUCAGGCAGAAGAUAUACAUGUCAAGCAUCCUGCUGACUUCUGUGAUGUCAUCCUAUUUUCCUUCAAACGAAAAAAUAUUUUCAGCAAAAAUAAGAUUCAGCUCUGCAUAUCUACCAGCGGCUGGUCUAACAGUUUUUCACUAGACACUGUGGGAAGUUAUGGAUGUGUCAAGUGUCCUGCAAAGAAUAAAGACUAUCUGAUCGGAGUAGCCAUUAAAAUGAGCAGUUUCAACAUGACAAAAGUUGUUACCUUAACUCCAUUCUACACAUUGGUCAAUAAAUCUUCAUAUGAGCUGGAGGUUGGAGAAGAUCAGUCUUGUGCCUUGUCGGAAGGUGGGAAAUGGAUUUACAUUUCAGCAGCAGAGUGUCUUCCUUUCUGGCCUGAAACCUCAUCAAACAAGCUUUGUGUCAGAGUAGUUGGGUCUGAACGGUCAUCAAAAUCGAUCUUCUACAACAAGCAAGACAAUGGCACGUUGCUGAGGCUUGACUAUGUGUGUGGUGGUGUUAUAGUGGAUGUGAAUGUUGCAGAACAUGCCACGGUGAUCACUUUCACAGACUACCAUGAAGGCUCUGCACCUGCUCUCAUCAUUAAUCACACUACAGCACUGAAGUUUCGCUUCAAGCAAAGUGAAGUACAGGAAGAGAUGAUACUUAAUCCAGGAGAAGCUCGGUUGUUUGCAUGGAGCGACCCUACGGGCAUCAGGAAACUUAACUGGGGCUGUGCAUGGAAAACAGGCGAACUUGACCUGUUAAAGGACCAGUUUGGACAGUUUCCUUGGAAUCAGAAUAAUCAGGUUCAUUGGGUGUCCUUCCUCGAUGGGCGACAGCGCGUGUUGCUGUUUACUGAAGAUGUGGCCAUUGUUUCUAAAGCACAGCAGGCUGAGGACUUGAAACAGUUUGAAAAGGGAAUUACAGUCUCUCUUCAUAGCCUUGGCUUAUCGCUUGUUAACAACGAAAGCAAACAGGAAAUUGCUUACAUAGGAAUUACCAGUUCUGGUGUUGUCUGGGAAAUGAAACGCAAGCAACGCUGGAAGCCAUUUAGUCAAAAGCACAUCAAUCUCUUGGAGGGGGCCUAUCAAAAACAUCUGACUACAAAGACCCGGGAGCACUGGAUAAAGUUGGACAGUAACUUGGAGGCUAAUUUUCACAGGAUGGAAACACGAUUGCCUCAGCAAAUGAGCAUCAGGCGAAACUUCAUAUCAGGAAUUCAUGUUGAAUAUAAACAGUCCACUCAUCAUAGGAGCUUACGCGCCCAAUUAUACUGGCUGCAGGUUGACAAUCAGCUUGCUGGAGCAAUAUUUCCAAUUGCAUUCUACCCCGUUCUCCCUCCCAAGUCCAUUGCAUUGGAUUCAGAACCAAAACCGUUUAUUGACAUAAGUAUCAUCACAAGAUUUAAUGAACACAGUCAAGUGACACAGUUCAAGUACUUCAUGGUAUUGAUUCAGGAAAUGGCUGUGAAAAUCGAUCAGGGGUUUCUCAGCGCAGUUAUUGCAUUGUUUACUCCAGCCUCCGAUCUUCUUGCAGGGACACAGAAGACCAGUUUGGUAGACCAAGAUUUGGAAUCAAUAAAGGCAGAAUUGAUGGAAACAUCAAUGACUGACGCCUCGAGCUUGAGUUUCUUUGAAUAUUUCCACAUCUCACCAGUCAAGUUGCAUCUAAGUUUGUCUUUGGAUUCGGGGGGAGAGGAGUCCAGUAAAGAAAAGCAGGAGUCAGCACAUCUCCAGUCUAUCCACAUUUUGCUCAAAAGCAUUGGAGCUACGUUAACAGAUGUCGAUGACCUCAUCUUUAAGCUUGCAUUCUUUGAAAUUAAAUGUCAGUUCUACAAGAGAGAUCAGUUGAUGUUUGCUGCAGGUAGACAUUAUGGUGAACAAUUUCUUAAACAAAUGUACGUGCUUGUUUUGGGGUUGGACGUUCUUGGAAACCCAUUUGGUCUUAUCAGAGAACUUUCUGAAGGAGUAGAAGCAUUCUUCUACGAACCUUUCCAGGGUGCGGUUCAGGGACCAGAAGAAUUUGCCGAGGGAUUUGUGAUAGGAGUGAAGAGUUUGCUUGGGCACACAGUUGGUGGUGCAGCUGGUGUGGUAUCGAGAAUCACGGGCUCUGUUGGGAAAGGUUUGGCUGCUAUCACAAUGGAUAAAGAGUAUCAGCAGAAGCGUAGGGAAGAAAUGAACCGCCAACCCAAGGACUUUGGGGACAGUUUGGCCAAAGGAGGAAAAGGCCUUUUACGGGGUGUAGUGGGAGGAUUUACAGGAAUAGUUACAAAGCCAGUGGAAGGCGCCAAGAAAGAAGGUGCAGCUGGUUUCUUUAAAGGAGUUGGCAAAGGUCUAGUCGGAGUUGUUGCACGGCCCACCGGUGGGAUCAUUGACAUGGCAAGCAGCACUUUCCAGGGAAUUAAGAAGGUGGCAGAAUCAACCGAAGAUGUAAGUAAACUCCGCCCCCCUCGAUUUAUUCGUGAAGAUGGGAUUAUCAGGCCUUACAAUCGAAGAGAAUCUGAGGGAUCUCACCUAUUUGAGAGGUUGGAGAUUCAGAAGUUUAAAGGAGAGAGCUAUCGUUUUCAUUGUCUUGUGUAUGGAAAGAAAAGAACUAAUCUGCUCAUCACAAACAGGAGAGUGAUCUACAUAUCUGAUGAAAUUCUAUGCCAUCUUGGUAGUGAUUGGAAUUACUCAUUUGAUGAAUUUAUUCGACCACCAGUUUUGGAAGGGAAUGUGCUGAGCUUGUACAUCAAGGAUCAAGCACUAAUUGGUUUUACAAGCGCAAGAAGCGAGAUUGAAGGUUCAGUGAAAAAAGUGGCUCUCCAGGAUGAGGACAUGGCGAAGAGGACGAUUGAUGCACUCGAAGAAGCUCGGAUAGCAAGACAGCAGCAACGUCUGGUGAAACAAAAAUCCCUCAGGUUUUCUAAACCUUGACUUUUUCUGCACUGCCUCAGUGUUGCACUGUUGAUAUCUAGUUCUUUUCUAUGACACUUUCAUUUGCACUGCAAUUAUAUUUUCUUACGCUAAUGAAAUGCAAAUUCUCAGAAGUAUGAAUACUGUGUUAUGAAGUGCACAUGCACAGAGAGAUGGGUUGGUAUCAAAAUCAAUAUAUAUCGUGCAUCUGUAUUUUGUUGAUUUCAGUUAAUAAUUUUUAUGCUAAUUUUGCACUAUCAGAAUUGUUCCAUAUACUUGCUAGAAUUGAAUUUGAAUAAUAAGUUGCAAAUAAAAUAAACCAGAGUACUUGGA